CCUCCUGCAGCAACGGCUCGUCCGUGAAACGCGAGCCGGCUCCGUGCCUUCUAGGAGUGCCUGCAUCCUUCGUUUGGGCUUCACCACUGUCCUGGGUGAAAAUGGCUGUCUAGACUGAAAUGUGCCAGAAGGGACCAAGCAGUGGAUACCCAGCCUGCUAAGCAACUCGUCAGUUCCGAGACCUAGAGGAGGAGGAGCUCUCGCCUCUGAAAAGUGCAGUCAUGAAUUCUGGAGUUGCCAUGAAAUAUGGAAACGACUCCUCGGCCGAGCUGAGUGAGCUCCACUUGGCAGCCCUGGCGUCACUCAAGGGAGACAUAGUGGAGCUUAAUAAACGUCUGCAGCAAACGGAGCGGGAACGGGACCUUCUGGAAAAGAAGUUGGCCAAGGCACAGUGUGAGCAGUCCCACCUCAUGAGAGAGCAUGAGGACGUCCAGGAGCGAACGACACUUCGGUACGAGGAACGCAUCACAGAACUGCACAGUAUCAUCGCUGAGCUCAAUAAGAAGAUAGACCGUUUGCAAGGCUCCACCAUCAGGGAGGAAGAUGAGUACUCAGAAUUGCGAUCAGAGCUCAGCCAGAGUCAACACGAGGCCAAUGAGGACUCUCGCAGCGUGGAUCAGGACCAGACCUCUGUGUCUGUCCCUGAAAACCAGUCCACCAUGGUCACUGCAGACAUGGAUAACUGCAGUGACCUGAACUCGGAGCUGCAGAGGGUGCUGACUGGGCUGGAGAACGUGGUCUGCUGCAGGAAAAAGAGCGGCUGCAGCCUCUCGGUGGCGGAGGUGGACAGACACAUCGAGCAGCUGACCACGGCCAGCGAGCGCUGUGACUUGGCCAUCAAGACAGUGGAGGAGAUCGAGGGGGUCCUCGGCCGGGACCUGUACCCCAGCCUGGCAGAGGAGCGGUCCCGGUGGGAGAAGGAGCUGGCAGGGCUGAGGGAGGAGAACGAGAGCCUGACGGCCAUGCUGUGCAGCAAGGAGGAGGAGCUGCACAGGACCAAGGCCACCAUGAACGCCGUGCGGGAGGAGCGCGACCGGCUGCGCAGGAGGGUUCGAGAGCUUCAAACUCGCCUGCAGAGCGUGCAGGCCACGGGCCCCUCCAGCCCUGGCCGCCUCACUUCCGCCAACCGCCCCGUUAACCCCAGCACCGGAGAACUGAGCACAAGCAGCAGCAGCAAUGACAUCCCCAUCGCCAAGAUCGCCGAGAGGGUGAAGCUCUCCAAGACCAGGUCUGAAUCUUCGUCGUCUGAUCGGCCAGUCCUAGGCUCAGAGAUCAGCAGCAUUGGGGUGUCCAGCAGCGUGGCAGAGCACCUGGCCCACUCUCUUCAGGACUGCUCCAACAUUCAGGAAAUCUUCCAGACUCUCUACUCCCAUGGAUCUGCCAUCUCGGAAAGCAAGAUUAGAGAGUUUGAGGUGGAAACGGAGCGGCUGAACAGCCGUAUCGAACACCUCAAAUCCCAAAAUGACCUUCUGACCAUAACCCUGGAAGAAUGCAAGAGCAAUGCAGAGAGGAUGAGCAUGCUGGUGGGGAAGUACGAAUCCAACGCCACGGCCUUGAGGCUGGCCCUGCAGUACAGCGAGCAGUGCAUCGAAGCCUAUGAACUCCUCCUGGCUCUGGCCGAGAGCGAGCAGAGCCUCAUCCUGGGGCAGUUCCGGGCGGCCGGUGUGGGGUCGUCCCCUGGAGACCAGUCAGGGGAUGAAAACAUUACUCAGAUGCUCAAGCGAGCCCACGACUGCCGGAAGACGGCUGAGAACGCCGCCAAGGCCUUGCUCAUGAAGCUGGACGGCAGCUGCGGGGGCGCCUUCGCGGUGGCCGGCUGCAGCGGGCAGCCCUGGGAGAGCCUGUCCUCCAACAGCCACACCAGCACGACCAGCUCCACAGCCAGCAGCUGUGACACGGAGUUCACUAAAGAAGAUGAGCAAAGGCUGAAAGACUACAUCCAGCAGCUCAGGAACGACAGGGCAGCAGUCAAGCUGACCAUGCUGGAGCUGGAGAGCAUCCACAUCGACCCUCUCAGCUACGAUGUCAAGCCCCGGGGGGACAGCCAGCGCCUAGACCUGGAGAACGCGGUGCUGAUGCAGGAGCUCAUGGCCAUGAAGGAGGAGAUGGCCGAGCUGAAGGCCCAGCUCUACCUCCUGGAGAAGGAGAAGAAGGCCCUGGAGCUGAAGCUGAGCACGCGAGAAGCCCAGGAGCAGGCCUACCUGGUCCACAUCGAGCACCUCAAGUCUGAGGUGGAGGAGCAGAAGGAGCAGCGCACGCGGUCCCUCAGCUCCACCAGCAGCGGAGGCAAGGACGCGGCCGGCAAGGAGUGUCCGGACACCGCCUCCCCUGCCCUGUCCCUGGCCGAACUGCGGACGGCGUGCGGUGACAGCGAGCUGGCCACGGAGUUCACGAACGCCAUCCGUCGAGAGAAGAAGUUAAAGGCCAGAGUUCAAGAGUUGGUGAGUGCCUUGGAAAGACUCACAAAGAGCAGUGAAAUCCGACACCAGCAAUCAGCAGAGUUUGUUAAUGACCUAAAGCGAGCCAACAGCAACCUGGUGGCUGCCUAUGAGAAAGCAAAGAAGAAGCAUCAAAACAAACUGAAGAAACUGGAGUCUCAGAUGAUGGCCAUGGUGGAGAGACACGAGACCCAAGUGAGGAUGCUCAAGCAAAGAAUAGCUCUGCUGGAGGAGGAGAACUCCAGACCUCACACCAACGAAACAUCACUGUAGUUGGCACUUGAGCGCCACGGUUCUGUCCGUGGAGCUAGAAGCUAGCAGUCACUGAGGAGGGGGCCUCAGAGGAUAGGACCUGUCGGGAGGAGAGGGAAGGCUGGCAGGUGGGCUGGCACUCUUGGCAGGGAGGCGCCCUGGACUCAGCCUCGGGGCAGCUGGCCCCGGUGAGCCGGUGUAGACUGUCCCCCUAGGCCCCCUCCCCUCCUGGGCUGUGGGCGGCGUUGGGGACUCCUGCCCCACGCACUGGCUCCGCAGGGCUUCCUGCUGCUUUCAGCACUGGCUCUGUCCCUCACCCACAUUUUCUGUAUCCGCGGUAUAGUCCAGGCAUCAUCUGUUUGAUUUUCCAGUCUUUGCAGCCUUCCCUCAGGCAUCCCACAUUUCUCCUUUCUCCUUCUAGGGAGAACUGGUGGGGGCGGUGGGGGCGGAGGGGAGGCAGUGCUCCGCAUCGAGAAGAGCUGCUGCUUCGUUUCCUGCAACCAGGCUUUGGUUUUUAAGUCCCAGGUAUCAACUCUUCAGGAGGUGGCUGUCACUCAGAGGUGUUCCGGGAGGUUGAUCACAGGCAGAUGGCACGUAGGUGUUCCUUCCAGUCCCUCGUAUGUUGAGGCUACAGGUAGAGCAGUUGGGUCUGACCUCCUUGACCUCACAGUGGCGGCAGGGACGGGCAGGGAACGCUCUUUAGACAGGAACCUCCCUGUCCCAGUGCCGCCUUACUAACAGCUGAGAGUCCUGUUGAUCCGUGUCAGGGACCUACACUGUCAGGAGUAGAGGCACUUUAGUGCUUCCUGACUCGGGCACCGCAGAAUUGCUGUUCUCCACGAAUCAAAGCUCCCCAACCUGAACAUACUGAUGGCUUCAGACCUGCCUCUCUCUCGAGGGAAAUGCUCUGCAGCUGAUCCACCUAUUGAAAAGACUGCUACUGUGGCUCCAGUUCGAGUGCACCCCUGCUGUUCCAAAGGGCAGAGGGCAAGGGAAAGCUGAGGAGGCCUCCUCUUAUCCCCCAGAAACAUGGCAGUGGGUGAUUCCGCGGGUGUCAGCUAUAGCAAAAUGGUGACAGGACUGGGCAGGACCAAAGUACCUGAAUUCUUUCAGGAAGGUCUUCCGUUUGAAAAUCAACUCUUCAUCCCUUUUCUACUGUGAUGUCCCUGUUGCAGUUUUUCAGUUGUCACCACCCCAGGCUGACAUACAUUUUAAAGGACCACUUGCCAUUUUUCCUGAAGACCCACUCGAAGUCACUUAGAAGAAAGAUGUUCGAAGAUCUGCUUACGACCAGAUUUCUGCAUUCACGUCUCAGUGUCAGUGAGCUGUUCUCAGAGGCAGGACGCAGAUUCUGCAGCCUUCAGUCUGACAGGGAAGGACACCCCAGCCACCGUCUGCCAAGGCAGAGUACAUCCAUUCCCCCAAGGAAGCACCAUCCUGCCUCAGGCCAGCAGCGAGGCCACCCCGUCUUCGAACAGUCAUCAUCAGCUGGCCUCAGGCCCAGCUCUCGGGUGCCGCGGUCACUGCGAAGGGCCCCACCAGCUUGUUCUGUUAUAGAUAAGGUAAACUUUGUUCUUGUGACAAUAAGUCAGUUUUUACUCUUUGGAUAGUUUCAUUACAAGGAAAAUGUAAUGACCAAAAGUGUGUUUUUAGAAAAAAAGUGUAACAGAUGAAAUCACGGUUUUCCCCAUUUUUCCAACUUGCCCGGGGGAAACGUUCCCAAAGCAAACUGGGCUGCGCAGGGCAGGGAACAGGCGUCAGAGAUGGGAGGCUCUCAUUCUCACCACCGCUGCAAAGGGCGCCAGCACAGAGCCUCUACCUACCAUUCUCGCUCCAAGGGAAAACAGAGCCUGCUCUUCCAGAGUCCUGGAACCCAUCCCAGACGGGAAGCCUCAGUUCCUGUGUUAAGAGCCCCAGCAUUACUGACCCUACUUAGCUCAUUUUGAGUUUAUAUUUCCACAUAAUACUGGUUGGGUGAACACUUUCCCUGGCAAAACUGUUCCUUUUAUAAAUGUGUAGAAUAAAAGCUAUUAAAUAGUUGAUUACCUUUCCUUGUAUUCUUCACAUACUCCCCAAGACUCUUGCUGAAGGUGAGCUCACGGGCACUUGGUUAUUAUACUAACUGCAAGGCUUACUAAAAUCGCAUAGAUGAAAUAAAGGAUUGCAGGUGCCUGGAUCACUUUCUUUUACAACCUGAAUUAUUCUUUCUAAAUAGGAGCACGUUUAUAUACACAUCUCCAUCAGACGUAAACAAUGAUCCUCAUUAUCUAACUUGAACGAGCCAUUAAAAAUGUUCAGAUUUUCAUUUUUAAUUGUUCAAAUACAGAGUUCAAUCUCUGGCUCUUAAGAGAAAUGGGCAUGAGAAGAAAAAACCCACUUCCCAGUUCCGCUGGAGUACAAUUUCCCACUGCUACACUGAGGCAGAAUCUCUCAGAGAGAGACUUCUGCCUGGAGCUAUAGUGCCAUCAACACCUGCACCGAUCAAAUGGCUCUGAUGUUCUGCCAAACCCCUCGUGCACCAGCUACUUAAGCUGCCAUGGGCUGGCAGGCAGUAAGACCCCCUUUUGAGAUGAUACCAAAAGUUACGAUUGUAUCUUAAGGUUGGGAUUUCUCAUGCUCGCCCUACCUCACAAACAUUUUAUCAUUGCCCAUGCAGGUAGUUAACUGUUGUAUAUUCACUCCCAUCUGCUGGCAUGCCACAAUUAAAAAAAAACAAAACUAAGUGCCAGUUAAAACAUAGUUGGUUAAUUCUCUUGUGAGGUGAUGUGUAACAGGAAGUCUUCCUCUGAGCCUCUGCAGCCAAGCUUUACAGGGACCCCGGAGACUGGACGCUCUCCUACUCUGGGAGGCAAUGCGCGUUAGAGCCAAGGAGACUUUCUUUUUAGGAUGAGGACAGCAAAGAAUCUACUGUUUCAAGAAAUCUUGAAAUCACCGGUAAGUGGCCUAGUUCCCACCUGCAUACAGAUUACUAUUUUAAGUGGAAAAAAAAAAAAGCCUCAUAGUUACCCAUGGCAUGAAUUGUUUCCUAUGGCCCACAAAAAUUAUCCUGCAGUUAUUUUUAAAUUCUAUUAAAGAUCUUAAAGCUCUCAUGAGUUGGGGGUGCCAUGCUUGUGUUUUAAGUGAAGUAAAGACUAUAGAAGUUACCCACCUGUAUUAUUAAUGAUUUCUAAUUUAAAGUUGUAAGCUUUUCCCAUAAAUUAUUUGCAAAUGCAUAGCUGGAAAUGUGUCUCAUCCAUGAAAGGAUGAAGUAAAAAGAUCAUGUUUCCUAAGUUUACAGCCGCACCUAUUUCUAAGUACAGCAAACAGCUUUUAAUUAGACAGUUUUUAGAAGUCAAAAGGGGAAAGAAUUCUGAUGACUGCAAUUUCCGAACUGAAUUUAAUUAAGAUGCAUCCCAUAGGGUUGCCAAAGAUUCUGUGGGAGGGAAAGAAGCAUGAGAAACAUUAUUUUUUCUGCACCAAGGGGCCGCUUGGUAACACUAUAAAAAAUUCUGAAAAAAAAUCAAGUAACAAUUAUAUUUCUGUUUCUCCAAUGGAAUGGCCUAUUUGACAGCAAAGAUACUAUUAUAACCUUUCUCUGAGGCUUACUCUGUAGAGGCAUCACUUGUUACAAAACACAAAUUAUGUCUUCUCACUUAAGUCUACCCAAAUCCUAUUCUAGUUAACUCAGAUCUCAUGUUCACACAGGCCAGACUGUAGUUUAGCACUGAACUUGUCACCUUCUAAAUUCCUGUUUCUCAUACCUGAAGUUACCUUUCUGAAGUUUGUAUUCACUAGUAAAUGAAUGCCUUAGGCUGCCAUAUGGUAAUUUUCCAGAACUGGCACCAGAAUUAUCAAUUAAUGUAAGCACUCAGUGGAUGUUAAAAUAUUAAGGAACUGGAAAAGGGUACAAGUUGAAUAGCAGCUGUUCACACAUUCUUGUUUCCCUAAUUCUUAUGUAGAGAAAGAUACAUUUGCAUACAGACAACUAGUUUUGGUGAAGGGUUACACUGCAUAAACUCUCACACUGCAUCUGAGGGAGAUUUUGCAUGUGGCCAGGAAAUCUUUCCAUCCCAGUAACAGCAACUGCUACUGGAUAAUCACACCCCUGGCCCAGCAGCACUGAUUCUUUCCCAGUCAAGGCUGGUACAAAAAUCACUCACCCACUAAUCAUCGGAAACAUCAGCUCAGCAGGACAGAGCAAGCUAGAGACAAAACCCCCUCACAUUCACGACCUGCUCAUUCAUUCUACUGCUCACUUCUGCACCGUUCUGCGAAUCUAAUCCAUGUGGAAAACGUUCUGUGGGGUACUCACUCACAGUGCCCGUGGAUGGCCAGGUGAAAGGGAGCCCCAAUAUCAUCUGCUUCUGUUUGAACCCAAUGCAAAGAGGAUGAGACAUGUUCACUUUUCUACUUCUAAUCAGUUUUUAGACAUUGUUAAGACUUACUUUGCAUGUGAUUUUAGUUUCCUAUUAUUUGAAAAUGUGCUUUUAAGCCGCCUGAAUGUACUGUCAGUUAUUGAAGCACAUGUGACCAAGUCUGCAUUUGUCAGUAUUGUUCUACUGUAUUAAAAUCUCACUUUAAGGUUGACACUUAACACUGUACCAUACCUUGUAAUUUUUUAGAUUCUUCACUUGUAUGCUUUAAAUGUUUCCAGAUGCCUUUAGUUUUAGCUGCUGUAAAACAGCUUUGUCUUAUUUGAUAUAAAAUUGUUUUUUAAAUAAAAACUCCAUUUAUUUAUACAGAGACAUUUAUAAUAUUUUACAAACAUUCUUAUAUUCUGAAUAAAUAAUUCUAAUUCCAUAA